CGUAUAAAACGGAAUAUACAAACCCAUCUCCAUUUUCUUAUCAAAAAGAAAAGAAAAACAGAGCAUAAAAGAAGAAAAUAUUGAAAACUCUUCUCUCUCUCUCACUCAAUUCUCUGAAAUCCUGAAAUGGCGAACAAAGAAAUGGAAGUGGUGAAAGGUGUUGACAUAAAGAGGUACAUGGGAAGAUGGUAUGAGAUAGCUUCAUUCCCAUCAAGGAAUCAGCCCAAGAAUGGGGUUGACACUAGGGCUACCUAUACUCUCAAUGAAGAUGGGACUGUGCAUGUCUUGAAUGAGACUUGGAGUGAUGGUAAAAGAGGCUCCAUUGAAGGCACUGCUUACAAGGUUGAUCCAAAUAGUGAUGAGGCAAAACUCAAAGUCAAAUUCUAUGUCCCUCCAUUCUUGCCCAUCAUCCCUGUAACUGGUGAUUACUGGGUUUUGUAUAUUGAUGAAGAUUACCAAGUAGCUCUCGUUGGCCAACCCAGCAGAAAUUACCUUUGGAUUUUGUCCAGGAAGUCACAAAUAGAUGAUGAGAUAUUCAAUGAGCUUGUUGAGAGAGCCAAAUCAGAGGGAUAUGAUGUGAGCAAACUCCACAAGACUCCACAUAGUGAUUCUCCACCAGAGGGAGAGGAAGGCCCCAAGGACACUAAAGGCAUUUGGUGGAUCAAAUCCAUCUUUGGAAAAUAGAUUUUAAUAUUAUAUAAUAUACCAUAAUAUAUGUUUGUUGCAGCAUCUGAACAUGGAAAAUAGGAUUUUCUCUUUUUUCAUGUUUCUCUAGAGUCUUUCUACUGUGAAUAGCAGUUAUUUACUUGAUGCAAAGUUUAAUUUUUGGUAUACUUAUAGAAUUUGAUGGAAUUUAGUUGUUUUUUUUUUCUGUGUAUUUGUGUAAUGAUGUAGCCUCAGUACUGAAUAGUAUGUUUUUGAAUGUAAUUUUAUUUUUUUUAA